CCGAACCCUAGGUCAUCUUAUUCACGAUUACAAAGUGCGGUUUAGUAACCGCGCUGAGUAUUGAUUUGUGCUGCUAGUAGCCGAUGCGUAGCCGGUCCGCGGGUGUCACGGUAACACCUUGACAUCUUGUCACACUACUUGGACACGGAAGAGCUCAGAACGCCGGACCGGAGGAAUAUUACAGAUGGAAAGACGACUUCAUUCAAUCCGGUCACUUCGAAGUCUAGACUUAUUAAAUAGCAGAAGAAAUGAGAAAGAUACGUUUAAUGACCUUGCAUCUGACGAAAUUAAAUCACUAUGUGCACCAUUUUACUUAGAACAGAGCAGCUUAGAGAAAUUUAUGAAUUUGAUGCAUGAGCAAGUUGAAAUCGGAUUGCAAGACGAAGAAGUAACACACGAUUUAAAACUUCUAAAUACUUUUGUUAAUGAAAUACCAAAAAGAAAAAUAUCGGGUGAUUAUCUGUGUUUGGACUUCAAGGGAAGAUAUUAUCGGAUGGUACUCAUCCGAAUGUCAAAAGAUAUAGACAAAACUGGAAUCGAUGAAACCCUUUACACAAUUCCCAAAAAGGUUCGCCUACAGUCGGGUUCAUCAGUAAGCUGCUAUAUUUUUAUUUCGCCGCUGGUCUUUAAAUAUAUUGCAGAAACCGUUUUAGACUUUUUAUCGCUUCGAGGAUUGCAGGAUAAUGAAUAUGACCUAGCCUUCUGUUUUGGAUUUCCUGUUGAACUUGUUUCAUUAUCUCAAGCUUACCUACUUGGUUGGACAAAGGAAUUUUCAUGUGAAGCUGUUGUGGGUCAGGACGUUUGCAAUUUGUUCCAAAAGAACCUGAAUGCAUUGGAUCUGAAGGUGAAGGUAAAGGCGAUUUUUAACGACACAGUUGGUGUGCUGGCUGCCUGUGCACUGAGAGAUGCGGAAUGUCGUAUUGGUAUUAUUGUCAGCGCGGGGACCAAUUGCUGCUAUUACGAGAAGGUCUCAAAUAUCGGCCGGCCAUUUGCUAGUUUAUGUCAAGGGAAUGAAGUCAUUAUCAAUACGGAGUGGGGAGCAUUUGGCGAUAUGGGUUGUUUGAACGAAUUCCUCACGGAAUACGACAUUGAGGUCAGUCGAAACACCCUUUCACCUGGAAAACAAACGUAAGUUUUGUGGUGCAACCAACACCAGUUUAGCUAAACAUUCUAGUUAGGAUAGCCAAAGUAUUUUUAUAACAACUAAUCCCCCUUGGCGAAUAUAGCAUCAAAAUUAUAACAAUUGGCUUCGUUUGUAUGGUACCGGAGGGGGGGUUGUUUGAUUGACGAUGUGGUUUUUAAAGUUAUGUCGCCUUUCCACAAAAAAUUACGCAGGACAUUUGUUGUCUCACUCAGCUUUCGUAAAAGGUGAAAUAAACUGGCUACCUCCGAACAGGUGUCUGAGUCAUGAGUGGAAAUGCUCCUGUUCGCAAUUUGAUACAAAG